UAGUAAGUAACGCGCAUGACCGACAUCCAUAUCACAUGUAUCAUGACUGUGCUGCUCAGUAGGAUUCUGACGAGUCGAUAUCCGGGCAACUUCAGCUCUAAUGUGAUUAACAAAGCUUGCCGAUGCUCAAAGUCAUCAAAGAUUUUUCGAGACAGCAUGGACGCAAUUUCGGACUUGGCUUAUAUUGAGGUGAAAGCUGACAACCCCCUCGUCCUUUUUAAGGAAUGGCAACAAGAGGCGAAGAAUUUCGCCUCCGUAAUACCGGCGGCUUUCUGCUUGGCUACUGUCUCCAAAGAAGGAAAAGUAAGCGCUCGUAAUCUCAUACUCAGACGCUUAGACGAAGACGGUUUCGUCAUGAUGACCGAUAGACGGAGUCAGAAAUCACAAAACUUGAGCGAAGUACCAUCAGCAGCUAUGUGCUUUUUAUUGGCGUACAAAAACGACACUGGAGAACACGUUUCCCGACAGGUACGAAUAGAGGGUCCAGUUGCAGAAAUGAAAAAGGAGGAUUACCAGGAGCUGUACGACGCUGAAACACUGCCCUGCAAAAUACGAUCCCACGUCUGUCAUCAAGGCAAAAAGGUCGAAUGGGACGAACUUAAGGCCUCCCAUGACCGACUGCUACAGAGCGUUACAGACGACAAGACUGAUCUACCCAUGCCCGAUCAUUUUGUCGCCUAUAAGCUGACGCCCUUAAUGAUGGAAUUCUACUAUCAACGAGAUCACCUGAUCGCUGAUCGCGUUUUAUUCGUUAAGGAUUCGAACACGGAUGCCUGGAAUCAUCACCAUCUCGCAGCUUGAGAAUGGAAAUUUACUCUUUCUCAUGCUCUUUAUCAUAAUCGUGAUCUUCCAGGGUAAAAUUAUACAAAAAACUAAGCGGAACUUGCGUUUGGGCGCUUAAAAGUGAAGUAUUUUUAUUUUUAUAUAUUGCAAGAAUUUAUUUUCACAUGUUAUCAUAAAGUAACUGUAUACCUGAUUAUAAGACUUGGAACUUGAUGUUAUAGAUAUUCAAACGAAUCACAGAGUAUAUUGUAUCAAUCGGCUCGUUUACUGUAUUUGUAUGCGAUAUAGUUUUCUACCGUAACACACGCAUCACCGACAAACGUAGUUAUGCUUUCCUUUUUUUUUACGUAAGAUCGCCUGUCGU